CAUAUUCUAACCGCAACAAAAAGCGGAUUACUUGCCCUUAUCUACGGAACGUAUUUAUACUUUACGAAUUACCACCAGGAUGAUUUCUAGGGUGUUAAGAAAUGUCUGCGUGCAAAGAUUCCCAGAUUAUGUAAACAAAGCAGCACUAUUGCAACCGGCGUACAAAUAUUACUCGUCCAGUGCUGACAACACUCCAGUUGACUUGAAAGAGAAUCCUUUUGCGAAGGAAAAAAUAAAGUGCAUACUAUGCAAACAUGACAUCAGUCCGGACUACAAAAACGUGCAGCUGCUAUCACAAUUCCAAAGUCCUUACACAGGUCGCGUAUAUGGGCGGCAUAUUACCGGUUUGUGUAAGAGCCGGCACGAGCAAGUGGAACGAGAAAUCAUGAAAGCACAAAAUGCCGGCUUCAUGCCCACUUACCACAAGGCAGUAGAGUUCUUGAACGAUCCAAAGCUUUUCGAUCCCGAGAAGGCUGUUCGUCCACAUAAAUAUUAACCUCA